AUGGUGGGUUUUACGGGCUCUGUGAAGCUUAAGGUUAUUGGAGCGACGGACUUGAAACCCCCCGAUCUGGCUAAAAGAAGAACGUUUGGUGGACUCACAUCGAUGGACCCUUAUGUCUCGGUAAACGUCGAUGAUGUCCAUAUAGCACAGACGACUUCGAAACAGAAAACGUCGACGCCUGUAUGGAACGAGGAGUUUGAAAGCGAGAUAGAAAAUGGAGAGACUCUUGGAAUAACUGUAUUUCACAACGCUAUAAUGCCUCCCGACCCGUUCGUGGCGAAUUCGUCGGUUCCUUUGUCAGAGAUCAUGAAUUCUGGAGUCAAAGGAAUCUCCGAUAUCUGGGUACGGAAGGGACGCACAAUUUAUUUGAAUUUCUCUUUCAUUAAAAGGAAUUAAUUAGUCGCGAAGUUGGUUCUUUCUAAAUACCAUUUGUAAUGUCAUCUUCAGAUACCUUUGGAGCCCGAAGGGAAACUUCACCUCUACAUAGAACUCAAACCCGCCAUCCAGGGUGAGUUUUGAAUCGAUCAAACCUGUAUAUUGCUUUUUUUCAUAGCCUUUUGUAGUUUGCCCGUCCUCGAGUUUAACAGAAUUGGCACUAAUGCGUGGAUUGGGCGUAUUUGCAAAUCAAUUCGAAUAAAUGUCGCAGCCUAUGUAUUUGGUUAAUGUUUUGCAAACGUAUCGAUCAAAUACUCGACGACAACUUUAACGUGUUCUGCAGACGCUGCGAAUUUGUCAGAUUUCUUAAAGCAGUGACGAUCCAGGAAUAAUAAAUGCCGUGUAUUGAGUAAUUCGCUUUUCAGGGUAAUUGAGGUAAACUAACGUAUGUGUUUUGUUGUUGUUGGUUUUUUCACCUUCAUGCAGAUACCGAGAGGAGAGUUUUUAGAGAAAGACCAAGCGGCAUUAAGGGUCGAAGGGGUGCUAUGCGACGGAGAGUACACCAGAUCAGUGGUCAUAAAUUCAUGGCAGUUUGGCUGAGACAGCCGACGUAUUGCUGUCAUUGCAGGGAUUUUAUUUGGUAAGAACGACUGAUAGCCCUUACUUGUUUGGCAUUGUCUCCCUUUGUGAGUUGAUUUUGCAUAAAAAGUGAUUCACGCUUUAGUUGUGUGACUAUAUACAAAAACCCCAGCCAUAUUUUAACCUACGGCAACUUUUCAAUAGGUUCUCUUAAGCCGGUCUUUGCUUGAUUAAUGUUCUCUUGCAUUUAAAUAAUGUUCUGCGUGGCAUAGACUUCCGAACACAUGUGCCUUUACAAGAUCUUACAACCCGCCGAAAUUAAGUCGUUUGCUGCAUGUCGAAGUUUGUUGAGUUCAAUAAACGCUAAUUCUUAAUACCAGUUACAAUGAGUGACAAGGCUUUAUGACUCACUAUACAGGCACGUUUGUCAUUUCUUCUCUAUCCUUCGAGUGUAUUUGUUUACCCAGCAAUAUCGCGACACCUUUUUGGCGGUGUAUUAUGUACUUUCUGCCGCAGUAAGCUCGAUCUUUAGUGCGAACCGAAAGUCGUUUUCGUAUGUAGGUAUGUUCGUCGGGCACGCGAUUUUAACAUUGUCGAUCGUGACCUUAUUAUACCCUUUCAAAAAAGUACUGCAUUCUGCAUAAAAAGAAUGGAAGAGAGCCAAUAGACGUAAAUUGAAUGGGAUUAAACUUAUCAAAUAUUAAUCUCAGCCACCCUAGAUUUCAUGUUAUAUGUUUAGUUUAAUUUUCUCCUUUUUUUCAAUUUUUAAAGACUUUCAGUACAAGAAGAGAGUUAGAUUUGAAGACAUUGUUUUGAACAUGUGUUUAUAUUCGGUUGCUUAUUUUUUGUUUUGACAAGUACAGUCGCAGUGUCUGCCUUUAGACAAGUUAUACACUUAAAUCUCAUAAUUUUGACAAAAUGUCUUUCAAAACACAUUGUUACUAAAAAAUAUCGUAAAAGUACUGAAGGAUCUAAGUCAUGUUGCCCUGUAUUAUGUUCCAAUUUAUGUUAAGUUUAGAUGUUGGGUAUGAUAACGCAUGAAUAUGGAUUUAAUUUUUUUAUGGAUCUAUUUUGACUUCACUUAAAUGCUGGACAAGACUAAAUAAAUAGAUAUAGAGAUAUAUAUUUAUGUUGCUUGCAAAGUGUGUAUAAUUUUCUCAAAAGAAUCAAUUUUACCAUAAAAUACCUUGCUCUUUUACAUUGUUCUAAUGUAUGUAUUAUUGGCAAGAAAAAGACCUUUGCCCAUUGCUUUUCUUUCGGUCAUUGUUGUAUGCAAGGUAAUGCCAUGCAUUUACAAGAAACAGUUUGAAUAUGUGAACUAAUUUUCCCUCUUAGUCCUCGUAAACUGUGGUUUGUUCUGGAAUUAGAUUGGUUUAUGCCAGGUGUUUCUUCUUGAGAGACAUCCAUGCCUAGUGAUAAGGAAACUCUCCAGUGCUUGAUGUAAUUUGCUUUUCUAGUGGAAAGGUGUCUUGUUAUCACAGUGGAGAUCUGUCCUUUAGAGCUUCUUAUAUCUUGAUCUUUCCACUUUCUUGAACUUGAGGCAGGCACUAACCUUUGUCUUUAGUGUAACAGCAUCAUUUUACACGGGAUAUCUUGAAAGGCUUGCUAACGAACCACAUUUGCAUAUGCCUGAGAGAAUAUGACAUUGGCAAACCAAUAACACAAAAUAAAUUGACACUCACUGGUAUCAAGUGAAAUGCCUUCAAGCGGUCUCUCCUGCCAAAUUAAAUUAAGUCUUAGAAGACUUUAAAAUGACAAGACACUCAGUUAGUUCACUGGUUUUUAAGCAAAAUUCAUCAUACAUCUGGCUCUAUGUGUUGCAAAUUUAGUAAAAAAUAUGUUUGAAAAUUGAACGACAACACUUAGUUAAAUAUAAUGUCUUUAUUGAUUACUUGGCAAAUGUACAAGAAUGUUCAGUUUUAAGAAUCAAGGGGCUGACCCUCUACACAUAAUUUUUUUCAUGCAAUAUCUUCUGGUAAAACUCUAUUAUAUUUAUAUUUUUACCAUGUUUAAGAAGCAUAAAAACAAAAUUAAGGAUAUUAAAGAUUUCCCAGAUCAUGCAUUUUCAGGCUUGAGAUAUUUUGGCUAUGGCUUGUCUAUUGGUGUGUCAAAGAAUGGUCUAUGUGAUCUGUGGUGCUCAUUUCCAUACCUGCUGAUACAUGCUGAAAACUAAUAUAUUUACGACAACUUCUAUGCAAUUGCUCUAGUAAAAAAAUUGUAUUAUGUUGGCCAUUCUUUCUUUUAAAUUUGAAUAAGAUGUAUGAUUAAAUAAUUUUUCCUUGGCUACUAGUUUGCGCACUUAAGUGAAUGUGUUCGUCAAUCUAUAGCUCUUACAGAAAGUUGGUCUGCUGGCUCAUAAGGUCUCAAGGCUAAUGCUCCACAAAAAAUUGUGGGAAGCAUUAAUUCUUUCAACCUAUCAAAUCAUGCAUCCAGGAUUUAUUUUGUUGUGUAAAAUUAAGACUUCCUUGUCACCCAAAGGCAGGAGUUCAUUGCCAAGGGGCUGAGCACAGCUGUUGCCAACAGGAAGAUAAUCGGUGCUUUUAUUUGGAUAGGAAGCUUCAUAACCUUUGAGAGUCUUUAAGGUUGCUGUAAGACAUUCUUCUUAAAAUGACAAAAAUUCAAUAAUUUUGGAAACAAAUGCUAAAAAUUAAAAGUGGUUACAUUGUGUAUAAGUCUUCCUGUUAUCGUGUUACAUGGAAUCUUUCACAUAAUCUUGGUAUUAUUUGUAUUUUUUAGAGCUUCAUUAUUUUGUUCUGCAUAAUCUAAUGUCAUUCUUCAUGUGUUAGUUAGCCUCAAAUUGAGGAAUUCUUAAUUCUUAGCUUCUAAUUUUAGGUUUGAUUUUUUCAUCACAAUUUUCUUUUUAAAAGGAACAACAACUAAUGCUUUCGAGUUGUUGGUAAGAUAUUAAGUCCAGUGUUUUAAAGCUUGGAAACAGAAUGUAAAAGUUGUUCUUGCAAGGCUGUGCUCUAAAGAAAAUUGAAGGGAGCCCAGUGCUCUGAAACUGUAAAAUCUAGGGUGCCCAGUAAAUGAUUUGUAUGAAAAAUCUGAGAUUUUCUAGUCGCCCAAGGGCAAAAAGUUAGGUGCCAGGGGCCACAGGGCUCUGCUAGAGCACAGUCUUGUUCUUGAUGUUUUGUCAGUGAGUCUGAUGUAUUGUGCAGGCAUUCUCCAAUUCACAAGUUGCAGUUAAUGUUUUUUGCUUUUGUAGUAGACGCCUUGUUUUAAUAGGGUCCCUUUUUAUGGCUGAGAAAAUGCUGUUAUGUCUUAUAUUUAAUUCAUCUAACACUUCCUAGCUGAAUUAUGCUUUCUUUGUAAAAGUAGUAAGUUUUAAAGACACUUUUCCUGGUGCACUGAUUUUAGUGAAUUUUUAGAAAAGCAUCAGAAUCUAAAGCUAAUAAAAUGUUGUAAUAUCUUUUAUUUAAAUCAUCUAACAUUUCCUAGCUGAAUUAUGCUUUCUUAUCAAAAGUAGUAAGUUGUAAAUACCCUUUUUGUUAGAAAGCAACAGAAUGUAAAUUAAAAACUGAACUGUUUGUGAUUGUUGACAUUUUUUUGAACUUAGCAAGCCUCCAUAACUUGCUUGUUGUUAAUUUCAGUAUUUUUUAAACUUGAGAAUUUUUCAACUAGUUAGAUAAUUAAAUAAACAGGCUAAUGAGCAUGAGCAACGAGCAGCAACGUGAAAGUAAUGGGCUGACCUCAGUCUCAAAGCUGUAAAACCCAAAGGUCCCUCUGAAACUAUUAGGGUGCCCCUGAAAUCAGAAGUGAGACUGCUGGCUAGUUGUCUCGAGUUGUUUAGUUGUUUAACUUAGCCUAAAUCUCAUUUUGCCACAUUUAAAAAUAAAAAUAUUGAAAAAAAAUAAACAUUAGAAUAUUAUUGGUUUGAGAAUGUUCAGCUUAAAAUCCAAAAUUAUUUUUUAUUGGAAUUUUUAAUGCUUGUUGGUGGGCAUUGCUCCCCUGUGCAAUGACCGGAGCAUAUAGCUACAUGUUGUAAAUAUUUCAAUGCAUUUGAAAGGAGCUCUACAUAUUUAUCAUUAUUAUUUAAACAGUUGUUUAAACAUGUUUGGACAGCACUGUUAAUUGAUUUUUUUCGCUUCAGUAAGGUUUUCCAAUAUUUAUUUGAUAGCAGAAUCACACCAAUUCUUGCUGAUCAGUGAUGUGUCAAGUAUGGAACAAAGUUCAUUUUCAGCCUAGAUCAAACCUUAAAAUCACCUGUAAUUUUUCGUUGGCUGAAAAUUCACUAAACAAUAUCUAAAUCUUUUUGUGACUGGUCUUCAAUUCGAAGAUUAAUCAUCACUUGUGCUCCUAAGGGGACAAAAUGUUUAAGGAAAAAAAAAUUUUUGUUUUGCAAUUCUCUGUAAAACUAAUGUGUACUGUGUAACAGCUGUUGUGGAGAGGUUUGAUUUGAAUCAAUUCACCACAGAAAUGAGUUUUAUCCAUAAGACUAAAAAACUGAGGACCUGUCUAUACAGGGUGAUAAAAAUUAAUAGUAUCUUGUUAUAGUACUGAUAACGCAGUUUCAUUUGAAUGGUCACUCCAUAGGAUUUCAUCCACAGACUCAAAAAGUUAGAACCUAUUUAAAGUACAGCAUAAUAAAUAGUGUCAUGUAAAAGUACUGCUAGAGGUUUCUUUUGGAGGGUCACUCUGUAGAAUUUCUUCAACUGACUACAGUGUGACUACUACAUAUUGUAUAACCAGGGGCACCUUGACAAAGUUGACCAAUCAGAUUACAGAAAAUAAAAAUAAAUUAAUAAAAAUAAAAGGUAGUUGUCAAUCAUAAUCAGCACGAAUCAAGCAAGCAUGUCUUCAGGGUUUGGUAGGUAGAGUUUUAAAUAGAAACACAUUGUUUGGUGAAACAUUUUCCUUUCUUGAAAAAUGUUUACUAUCAAUAUAUUUUAAAUGUUGUGCUUCAAGUAACUUAGUGUUUUUUUUUAACAAGCAGCUGAUUGACCCACAACCAACUUUCUUGGAAUGUAUUGUUAUUUUCCUGUAAUCCGAUUGGUCAACUUCGUCUAAGUGGCCCCUCUUACAGUAGUCGCACUGUAAGAUCCUGUUAGUAUGGAGAAAAGUUGUCCUGGGAAUGAGGGUAACCCUGCUAGCUGAGUCAACUUUAUGGAGUAGUUAUAAAAUUAUGAGAAAAAAAGUUGACCCCUUUGCCUAAGUCAACAGCUUGUGCACGCUCUGAUUGCCUCGACUUGGCCAAGUUGGCUAAACAAUGCAGUGUAUGUUACCCUCUUUUGUGUUAAUGGAUGGGCUAUGACAUUUGUCUAAAAUUAUAGAAAUUUGCUUUGUUUCUACAAGCAUCUGCUGCUUUCUAGACCUUUGUUGUUUUUGUUUCAGGGGUGUAUUUAACAAGCAAGGUUAUCAAUGUCAAGGUAGAGUGAGGUGUAUGAACUGAGUAAUGAAUGUAAAAAGAUUCAAAACUUGUCAUUUCCAUUGCUUGCUUAGCUUACAUCACAGACAUAAUCUAACCCAGGCAAAACUGGGCAAAGCAGUGCUGAGAUCCUUGUUCUGGGCCAACAAAACACUCAACAAAUUACCAGAAGGACAUUUCCAAUAGACCUUAUUCAUGAUACCUGCCAUCUUUGCACGUGCUUAAGGACUGAUGGGAUGAAAGCGAUGUCGUGGUUUCUCAGGUGGGCAAACAAGGGAUAACAUCUGCCCUUGGAAGAAAUCGUGGUUGAGUUUGUUUGUUCUAGACAACAGGAAAUGAAGACCUUUCUUGUAGGCAGUAGCACCGUAGAUGUCCUCAUGGCAAACAGUAAUGACCAAAGUCUUGCCAAAACUCGAUAUGUACAUUUUGCAUGACUAUGUAUUCGUCAUCUUGUUUUGAUAGAAUAAACAAACUUGACCGCGAUUACUUAUAUUGGCAAAUUUUAUCACUUGUUUGCCUCCCGAAAUACCGCACGACAUAGCUCUUAUCCCGUCGAUCCUAGAGUGCAUGCAAAGGUGGCGGAUAUCGUGAAUGAAGUCUAUUUGAGCAAUGUCCUUUUUAACAGGCCAGCCAAGGCAUGUACUCAAUUUCUGGUACAGCUCUAGGGGCCCAGAACAAAGAUAUCAGCACUUUCUCACAGACAGACUUACGUACUUACAUGUAACCACAGGCUUAGUUUUGUCUGUGGUGCAGGCUAGUGCUUGCCCUUUUUUAGAGUGGUGAUCUUUUCUUUCUAUAAGGCAGCAUUAAACACCUCAAAAGCUAAAACAAAAAUUUGAAAUCUUCAAACAGUGUUCUCCCUACAUUUUUGCUCAGCAGGUAAGGGCUCAUUCUUGACUGGUAAGGCCAAAAUAUGCACUAGAGGUGCACUCUCCUGGCGGGGGUGGGGAGGGGGCCUCGCAUUCAUGAAGGUUUUUAUUUUCAACCAUCCUGUCAACCAAUUGACCGAAAGUAUUUUAAACACCUCAGAACAAAGAAUUUUACGAAUGAAGGCUGCCUUUGCCACUAGGGUCAAUUUAGUAACACAAUUCGUGGAAGUUGCGAACCUUUCCUGUUGGUCGAAAAAGUCUAGAAUUGGUAGAGAAGCUUACGGAAAAUUGUUAGCCUGCUGUGCUUCCAAAAGUACCAGUCAGCAUUUAAACAAAGUAAUCAGAGACAGUAGCUGUGGUUACUUUAAUACUCUUUGUUGGACACUUCGUAACAGUCCUAAUGGUGACUAUAUUAGAGAGUGUUGACUGUAUAUAAACAAAGAGAUUUUUCUCUGUGUGGACUGUUGUUAUUGAUGUGUUUCCUGUUGUUUGGGUUCAUGGACAAGUCACACCACCAUGACGCUUGCCUCAUCAGCAAAAUGAUUGGAAAUCUGCUGUUUACUUAUUGUGAGAUCUACAGUGUAGUCACAGCCAAAAAAUGAAUGAUUUAAUGGUUAUUCUCCUUGUUGUUGAUAGUUUGUACUUGUGUGGUUCACAAACGAUGCCAUUUGGAGGUAGUGUCUCAGUGUCCAGGGGUGAAACAAGAUUUACAGGAUGUUAUUCCUAAUGAAAAUCAGGUAUUUGUCCUAUUUUACACGGGAUAUCUUGAAAGGCUUGCUAACGAACCACAUUUGCAUAUGCCUGAGAGAAUAUGACAUUGGCAAACCAAUAACACAAAAUAAAUUGACACUCACUGGUAUCAAGUGAAAUGCCUUCAAGCGGUCUCUCCUGCCAAAUUAAAUUAAGUCUUAGAAGACUUUAAAAUGACAAGACACUCAGUUAGUUCACUGGUUUUUAAGCAAAAUUCAUCAUACAUCUGGCUCUAUGUGUUGCAAAUUUAGUAAAAAAUAUGUUUGAAAAUUGAACGACAACACUUAGUUAAAUAUAAUGUCUUUAUUGAUUACUUGGCAAAUGUACAAGAAUGUUCAGUUUUAAGAAUCAAGGGGCUGACCCUCUACACAUAAUUUUUUUCAUGCAACAUCUUCUGGUAAAACUCUAUUAUAUUUAUAUUUUUACCAUGUUUAAGAAGCAUAAAAACAAAAUUAAGGAUAUUAAAGUUUUCCCAGAUCAUGCAUUUUCAGGCUUGAGAUAUUUUGGCUAUGGCUUGUCUAUUGGUGUGUCAAAGAAUGGUCUAUGUGAUCUGUGGUGCUCAUUUCCAUACCUGCUGAUACAUGCUGAAAACUAAUAUAUUUACGACAACUUCUAUGCAAUUGCUCUAGUAAAAAAAUUGUAUUAUGUUGGCCAUUCUUUCUUUUAAAUUUGAAUAAGAUGUAUGAUUAAAUAAUUUUUCCUUGGCUACUAGUUUGCGCACUUAAGUGAAUGUGUUCGUCAAUCUAUAGCUCUUACAGAAAGUUGGUCUGCUGGCUCAUAAGGUCUCAAGGCUAAUGCUCCACAAAAAAUUGUGGGAAGCAUUAAUUCUUUCAACCUAUCAAAUCAUGCAUCCAGGAUUUAUUUUGUUGUGUAAAAUUAAGACUUCCUUGUCACCCAAAGGCAGGAGUUCAUUGCCAAGGGGCUGAGCACAGCUGUUGCCAACAGGAAGAUAAUCAGUGCUUUUAUUUGGAUAGGAAGCUUCAUAACCUUUGAGAGUCUUUAAGGUUGCUGUAAGACAUUCUUCUUAAAAUGACAAAAAUUCAAUAAUUUUGGAAACAAAUGCUAAAAAUUAAAAGUGGUUACAUUGUGUAUAAGUCUUCCUGUUAUCGUGUUACAUGGAAUCUUUCACAUAAUCUUGGUAUUAUUUGUAUUUUUUAGAGCUUCAUUAUUUUGUUCUGCAUAAUGUAAUGUCAUUCUUCAUGUGUUAGUUAGCCUCAAAUUGAGGAAUUCUUAAUUCUUAGCUUCUAAUUUUAGGUUUGAUUUUUUCAUCACAAUUUUCUUUUUAAAAGGAACAACAACUAAUGCUUUCGAGUUGUUGGUAAGAUAUUAAGUCCAGUGUUUUAAAGCUUGGAAACAGAAUGUAAAAGUUGUUCUUGCAAGGCUGUGCUCUAAAGAAAAUUGAAGGGAGCCCAGUGCUCUGAAACUGUAAAAUCUAGGGUGCCCAGUAAAUGAUUUGUAUGAAAAAUCUGAGAUUUUCUAGUCGCCCAAGGGCAAAAAGUUAGGUGCCAGGGGCCACAGGGCUCUGCUAGAGCACAGUCUUGUUCUUGAUGUUUUGUCAGUGAGUCUGAUGUAUUGUGCAGGCAUUCUCCAAUUCACAAGUUGCAGUUAAUGUUUUUUGCUUUUGUAGUAGACGCCUUGUUUUAAUAGGGUCCCUUUUUAUGGCUGAGAAAAUGCUGUUAUGUCUUAUAUUUAAUUCAUCUAACACUUCCUAGCUGAAUUAUGCUUUCUUUGUAAAAGUAGUAAGUUUUAAAGACACUUUUCCUGGUGCACUGAUUUUAGUGAAUUUUUAGAAAAGCAUCAGAAUCUAAAGCUAAUAAAAUGUUGUAAUAUCUUUUAUUUAAAUCAUCUAACAUUUCCUAGCUGAAUUAUGCUUUCUUAUCAAAAGUAGUAAGUUGUAAAUACCCUUUUUGUUAGAAAGUAACAGAAUGUAAAUUAAAAACUGAACUGUUUGUGAUUGUUGGCAUUUUUUUGAACUUAGCAAGCCUCCAUAACUUGUUUGUUGUUAAUUUCAGUAUUUUUUAAACUUGAGAAUUUUUCAACUAGUUAGAUAAUUAAAUAAACAGGCUAAUGAGCAUGAGGAACGAGCAGCAACGUGAAAGUAAUGGGCUGACCUCAGCCUCAAAGCUGUAAAACCCAAAGGUCCCUCUGAAACUAUUAGGGUGCCCCUGAAAUCAGAAGUGAGACUGCUGGCUAGUUGUCUCGAGUUGUUUAGUUGUUUAACUUAGCCUAAAUCUCAUUUUGCCACAUUUAAAAAUAAAAAUAUUGAAAAAAAAUAAACAUUAGAAUAUUAUUGGUUUGAGAAUGUUCAGCUUAAAAUCCAAAAUUAUUUUUUAUUGGAAUUUUUAAUGCUUGUUGGUGGGCAUUGCUCCCCUGUGCAAUGACCGGAGCAUAUAGCUACAUGUUGUAAAUAUUUCAAUGCAUUUGAAAGGAGCUCUACAUAUUUAUCAUUAUUAUUUAAACAGUUGUUUAAACAUGUUUGGACAGCACUGUUAAUUGAUUUUUUUCGCUUCAGUAAGGUUUUCCAAUAUUUAUUUGAUAGCAGAAUCACACCAAUUCUUGCUGAUCAGUGAUGUGUCAAGUGUGGAACAAAGUUCAUUUUCAGCCUAGAUCAAACCUUAAAAUCACCUGUAAUUUUUCGUUGGCUGAAAAUUCACUAAACAAUAUCUAAAUCUUUUUGUGACUGGUCUUCAAUUCGAAGAUUAAUCAUCACUUGUGCUCCUAAGGGGACAAAAUGUUUAAGGAAAAAAAAAUUUUUGUUUUGCAAUUCUCUGUAAAACUAAUGUGUACUGUGUAACAGCUGUUGUGGAGAGGUUUGAUUUGAAUCAAUUCACCACAGAAAUGAGUUUUAUCCAUAAGACUAAAAAACUGAGGACCUGUCUAUACAGGGUGAUAAAAAUUAAUAGUAUCUUGUUAUAGUACUGAUAACGCAGUUUCAUUUGAAUGGUCACUCCAUAGGAUUUCAUCCACAGACUCAAAAAGUUAGAACCUAUUUAAAGUACAGCAUAAUAAAUAGUGUCAUGUAAAAGUACUGCUAGAGGUUUCUUUUGGAGGGUCACUCUGUAGAAUUUCUUCAACUGAUUACAGUGUGACUACUACAUAUUGUAUAACCAGGGGCACCUUGACAAAGUUGACCAAUCAGAUUACAGAAAAUAAAAAUAAAUUAAUAAAAAGAAAAGGUAGUUGUCAAUCAUAAUCAGCACGAAUCAAGCAAGCAUGUCUUCAGGGUGUUGUAGGUAGAGUUUUAAAUCGAAACACAUUAUUUUGUGAAACAUUUCCUUUCUUGAAAAAUGUUUGCUAUCAAUAUAUUUUAAAUGUUGUGCUUCAAGUAACUUAUUGUUUUUUUAUGAGUUGCUGAUUGGCCCACACCCAACUUUUUCGGAAUGUAUUGUUAUUUUCCUGUAAUCCGAUUGGUCAACUUCGUCUAAGUGGCCCCUCUUACAGUAGUCGCACUGUAAGAUCCUGUUAGUAUGGAGAAAAGUUGUCCUGGGAAUGAGGGUAACCCUGCUAGCUGAGUCAACUUUAUGGAGUAGUUAUAAAAUUAUGAGAAAAAAAGUUGACCCCUUUGCCUAAGUCAACAGCUUGUGCAUGCUCUGAUUGCCUCGACUUGGCCAAGUUGGCUAAACAAUGCAGUGUAUGUUACCCUCUUUUGUGUUAAUGGAUGGGCUAUGACACUUGUCUAAAAUUAUAGAAAUUUGCUUUGUUUCUACAAGCAUCUGCUGCUUUCUAGACCUUUGUUAUUGUUUUUUUCAGGGGUGUAUUUAACAAGCAAGGUUAUCAAUGUCAAGGUAGAGUGAGGUGUUAUGCUAUCGAGUUAAAAUUUUUUAGAAAAAUUUGAUUUUAUGAACUGAAGUAAUGAAUGUAAAAAGAUUCUAAACCUGUCAUUUCCAUUGCUUGCUUAGCUUGCAUCACAGACAUAAUCUAACACAGGCAAAACUCUGCAAAGCAGUGCUGAGAUCCUUGUUCUGGGCCUCCAAAACACUCAACAAAUUACCAGAAGGACAUUUCCGAUAGACCUUAUUCAUGAUACCCGCUGUCUUUGCAUGCGCUUAAGGACUGAUGGGAUGAAAGCAAUGUCACGUGGUUUCUCAGGGGGCAAACAAGGGAUAACAUCUGCCCGUAGAAGAAAUCCUGGUUGAGUUUGUUUAUUCUAGACAACAGGAAAUGAAGUACCUUUUUUGUAUGCAGUAGCACCAAAGAUGUCCUCAUGGCAAAUAGUAAUGACCCAAAUCUUGCCAAAACUUGAUAUGUACAUUUUGCACGACUAUGAAUUCGUCUUGUUUUGAUAGAAUAAACAAGCUAGACCGUGAUUACUUGUAUUGGCAAAUUUUAUCACUUGUUUUCCCCCCGAAAUACCACAUGACGUAGCUCUUAUUCCAUCGAUCCUAGAGUGUGUGCAAAGAUGGAAGGUAUUGUGAAUAAGGUCUGUUUGAGCAAAUUAAUGUUUAUUUUUUUUGAACAGGCCAGCCAAGGUGUGUACUCAAUUUCUGGUACCUUGCUAGGGACCCAGAACAAAGAUAUCAGCACUUUCUCGCAGACAGACUUACAUACUUACAUGUAACCAGAGGCUUAGUUUUGUCUGUGGUGCAGGCUAGUGCUUGCCCUUUUUUAGAGUGGUGAUUUUUUCUUCCUCUACGGCAGCAUUAAAAGCCUCAAAAGAUAAAACAAAAAUUCGAAAUCUUCAAACAGAGUUCUCCCUAAAUUUUUGCUCAGCAGCUAAGGGACCAUUCUUGACUGGUAAGGCCAAAAAUAUGGGUCAGAGGCUCACUGUCCUGGCGGGGGUGGGGAGGGGGGCCUCGCAUUCAUGAAGGCUUUUAUUUUCAACCAUCCUGUCAACCAAUUGACCGAAAAGUAUUUUAAACACCUCAAAACAAAGAAUUUUACGAAUGAAGGCUGCCUUUGCCGCUAGGGUCAAUUUAGUAACACAAGUCGUGGAAGUCGCAAACCUUUCCUGUUAGUUGAAAAAGUCUAGAAUUGGUAGAGAAACCUACAAAAAAUUGUUAGCCUGCAGUGCUUCGAAAGGUACCAGUCAGCAUUUAAACAAAGUGAUCAGAGACAGUAGCUGCGGUUACGUUGAUAUUUUUGUUGGACACUUCGUAAUGGUCCCAAUGGUGACUAUAUUAGAGAGUGUUGACUGUAUAUAAACAAAGAGAUUUUUCUCUUUGUGGACUGUUGUUAUUGAUAUGAUUCCUGUUGUUUGGGUUUAUGGACAAGUCACACCACCAUGACGCUUGCCUCAUCAGCAAAAUGAUUGGAAAUCUACUGUUUACUCAUUGUAAAAUCUACAGUGUAGUCACACAGCCAAAAAAUGAAUGAUUUAAUGGUAAUUCUCCUUGUUGUUGAUAGUUUGUACUUGUGUGGUUCACAAACGAUGCCAUUUGGAGGUAGUGUCUCAGUGUCCAGGGGUGAAACAAGAUUUACAGGAUGUUAUUCCUAAUGAAAAUCAGGUAUUUGUCCUAUAAAUAAAGUAGUAAUAGUCUGUAUCAUGGAUGGAGUUUCAGCUUAUGUUGGGCCUGUCCAGCUAUAAAGAUAUAAAACUGACUACAAUGCAGUCGAUUGUCGAUCAUUCUAUUAGAUAUUCCUACUACUACUACUAUCACUACCACUACCACUACCACUUCCAGCCAUAGUGGUAGUGGUAGUGGUUGUAAUGUCCAAUGGUAUGAUCAACAAUCUACCACCACUGUGGCAAUGGCACAGUCACUGUUGCCAUCACCUUCUUCUGCUGCAGCCAAGAUGACUUUUGGAUAUAUUAUGUCAAACAUCACAGCCCAUCAGCACUGCACUAAGGUUUUCAAAAGGAGUAAGAGUGUCCUUACUGAUUACUUUUGUUUAUGAUAGAGUUCUUGUUCUUUAUUUUGGUUAUGGUAGUCUCCACAACAAAAGGUCAAAUAUAAACUCCUCAUGUAGGCUUUGCAAUUUAAUACAGUCAAACCCAUGCUAAGUAGUCACCCUUGCCCAGGAAUGACUAACUGACUACUGAAUACAGGUUAACCUUUUGAAAGAGAUAUGGAAACAAUGACAGUAUAACUUGAUUGGAUGUUCGUACACUGAAGUGACUGCUUGUAUAGGUUUGACUGUGUCUUCAAAGAAAGGAUAAUGUUUAAAAGUGCUUUAAAAUGCCUGAAAUGUAGGACUAUGUAGACUGUCCAAUUGUGCUGUUAUUUCAGAAUGCGUUUGGAAGAUCAAGCACAGGCCCAGUGCGUUUCAAACUCAACAUGCCUCACAGAUUCUCAGAACACAAUUAUAAGAGACCAACCUUUUGCGACCAUUGUGGCUCUCUCCUCUAUGGCCUUUUGAAACAAGGGAUGCAGUGCUCAGGUUCGUAAAAUCACCAAAUGUUGUUUUAGCAAUUUAAAAGGCUAGUGAAGUUAAGUACUUUCACUGCUAUCAUCCUAUUUUGGGGUAACUUGACUAUUUGACCUUAAAGUAUGCAUAUAUAAUUUAUAUAAUUAUAUACGGGGCCUUAAAAAGGCUCUUUUAGUAGGCAGACCACCUCCCAUAAGACUGUAAAGAAUAUGAGUGAAGGUAGCAGUUAAUAAAAGCAAUUUCGAUGAAUUUUUUUGGGUUUUGAAGCUUUGUGUGCAAGCACCUCGUAUCGGACAAAAGAACAGUAAAGCCCCCCACAAGCUCCAUGUACUCUUAACCUACUUGUACCCACAAUUAUAAAACAUUAAUAAAACAAAGUAAAUUGAUCUACCUCUUAGGGGUUUCAAUAAGCACCAAAGACCAACAAAACACGUUGGUUAUUUUGCUCAGAAGAGUCAGCUACUUUUCUCCCCCAAAGAAGAAACAACUAGUGGUUAUGAUGUCUUUAACAAAAAACAUGUCAUAAAAUCUGAAUGAAAAUGUAAAGGCCUACUGGUUUUGAGUUAUGCAAAUACUGCAUUUCAGUCAAUUCUUCACGUGUUUCUUGGAAGGUUUACACAGAAUUUGUUCUCGUUCAUAUCUACCUUUGUUGAUUGCUUGUAAGUUGUGUGGCUGAUAAUCGGAACCUGAAUGAAAGGUACAUUUUCUUGAAUGAAAAACACACUCUUUUGUACUCAAUUUAGUCCCCAGAAGGCUGGAAAUUGCAUUAGUUACAUUUGUAGGGCUUUGAAAUUUCAAAAUUUUCUGGAGGAGGAUCCCCCCAGACCCCCUUGAGGUAUGGGAUUAACGGUCCCUUGUUGAUACAGUUGGGUAUUCUGUUUAAACCUGCUAAGAUAUCUUUUGUAACAGCAACAAAAAAUAGUAAGCAAAAAAUGAAUAAAUAGCUAAUCACAGUAAAAAUUAUUGGAAGCAGACUCCAAUGGUCUUCUAAGUUAACGUUGUGGCCGACUACGCCCUAAUCUUGGGACCGAGACAUUUGCUCAUUAAUGUUGAUCCCUUGAGAAAAUUAAGCACAUUUUAUGCAUGUUUCAGCUUGCAAGAUGAACGUUCACAAGAGAUGUCACAGGAAUGUUGCCAAUAACUGUGGUAUUAAUGCCAAAGAGAUGGCGCAGCGUUUAAAGGACAUGGGGCUCACUGGAAACAUACUGUCAGAAUCAAUGAGGGUGAAAAAGGUUGGUUGUGUAGAUUUCUUUGUCUAGUGACCUUGGAACUCAAAUGACACUUUUGUAAUGCCUUGUCACUUGUAGAAAAAAAGUUAAGAGAAUGCUUAAGCCAAAGUUAAAUAAUAAGGUUUUCAAAAUGUCAUGUGUCUGGAAAUUAAUGUAUCAAACCAUGCAUAACAGCAUGCAUACUCUGUGCACUGUUUUGCAUAAGUUAUGGGUCAAAAUUAAAUUCAGGUUAAAAUUUUUUUUACCUAGGUUGGUUCUCAUUUUCUUUUGUCUCCUGGCCCUAAUUAGUCUGGCUUGCAUAAGCAGCGAGAAUCAUAAUCUGCAAGCCGUUUUUCUUUGUAUUUAGGACACAAGAAGGAGGCCAUGGUCCCAGGUGUUCCUAGUGGAGUUUGUGGAAACUGAGAAUAGGAAUUGUUGCAUGACUGAAGCCACGCAUUUUUUGCGAAGAAAGCUUAGAAAAGAUAAAUGUGAUUUAGUGCUCUUCUGGAGCGGGUCGGUCCACGAAUUCUAUCACUUGAAAGAGUUGAUAACUUUGGAACAAGUGAACACUUCAGUGGUUGGAAAAAAAGGAGAAUCUUAAUUAGUAAAGGCUAACUGGUCGGGUGUUAAAACUUUCAUUGUAUGCAAAUGAGUCUUUUGAUGAGCAUGUGGUUUAUUUUCAGCAAUGAUUGAAAUGACGUGCCAUGUUCUCAUCACGUUUUUUAUCUCUGGUAAUGAUGUAAUUUCUCUCGAAUCGAGGCCCUUGAAUUUUUGUGUAAUUAUACACGCUUAUUGCCUGCGACCACAGACGUAUUUCCGGUCAUUGCUAAGACGUGUACUAAAUCAAUUGAGAAACAAAUCGUCGAAUAUGAUAUAAAAAGUACAUGUAAAUAUUCUGAAGAAUACUCAACUGUCGAUAAAGUAGUUAGUGAAAACCUGAAUUUAGUUCUGACCUGUAACACAACCAUUUUCUUAGGCACUUUUGAUGAGAACUUGUUUAACAAUCAAGGCUUGGCAUGCUCCCAUUGUGCUAAGAUUUCUCUUUGACUGGUUGGUGGGUCUGACCAAAAUUUGCCAUAUGGGUUGGACUGUUUGUUUUGUUUGAACAAUGCCAUCACAUCUUCCCUUGGUUUGUUAGUCUCUGACCAGUCAGUCUUCUGUUAUAGUGGAAGUCACCCCUGUUUUAUAUGGGUGACCAUGAUAAUUUACUUUGUUCCCUAUAUUCGCAGGAGAAAUUAGAUGCUUUUGGCUCUUAAGAGUUAAAUGGUCAAGCCAUACUUGUAAUGCUUUAUAAUGGAAAACUUGUGGACUCAGUGCCAAUUUUUCUAUUCUUUUUUGUUGGCUCUAUCAUUUGAUUGUACAUCCAAUAUUUGGAGUCAUUAACGUGCCCUUUAGUUGAUCAUGAUGAUUUUCUUUGUUUAUUUUACAGCCCUCAAUUGAGUAUAAUGGAACAAACAUAAAAAAUGAUAAAAGAAAGGAAAACCACCUUGAACCACUUCCAAUAACACCUAAUGACCUGGAGACAUCACCUGGAAUGAGACGACGGCAAAAGAAGUUUGGAUUGUCUGAUUUCAAUUUUAUUAAGGUGCUUGGAAAAGGCAGCUUUGGCAAGGUAAGUGUCUCUCUGGUGUAGUCAUGAGCAGCUUUGCCACAACUCGACCUCUCAAAAGUUCUUAAAAGCAAGCAAAGAGAACUUCAAUGAGGAAAAGUGAGCGAAGCGAGUAUCAAUGAGGUCGUGCAACGACUGAGUGAGUCGCAAGGUAGACUUGUUUUGCCUGACUGGAAUUGAAUCAUAGUAUAAAUAUUCAUGCAAGGAAAAAAAUGAUUGGCAAAUGCGGAUGCCGGGACUGGCAUCAAACAUCUAUCACUCUCUUAUUGGUCAAUUGUCACGAUGUCACCGGUAGGAUUUUCGAACGGUGAAUUUUGCGCAAAACAGGUAUGAAAAGUCCUUUAAAAUGGCAUAGUUACAACCAGAGAUCUCAGUUAAAACUUCCCUUGCAAUUCCAACUCUCUUUCAAUAGCUUUGAUUGCUUUUAUGGGACCGUUGGUCUUUCUUUACAGUGAAAACAAAGUCAGUGACAAAGCAAAAUAUCCAUCACACAGCUAAUUUGUAAUAUUUCCUUAUACAUUCCUUAUACUUUAUUUUUUUUGUUGGCAGGUUCUGCUAGCAGAAAGAAAAGGUGCUGACGACAUUUUUGCAGUAAAGAUCUUGAAGAAAGAAACUGUUCUACAGGAUGAUGAUGUAGAGUGUACAAUGAUUGAGAGACGAGUUUUAACUGUCUCUGCAGGACAUCCUUAUCUUACAGCAUUAUAUUGCAGCUUUCAAACAGAGGUGAUUGUUGUCUUUUUGUUUCAGUCUUGCUUUAUGCAAUUUAGGCUAAGCUUAAAGCUCAGAUCAGCACUAAUCAGAAGUUUACAGUAUCCAUGUUUUGUUGUCCCUUCAGGAUCGGCUCUUUCUUGUGAUGGAAUAUGUCAAUGGAGGUGAUUUGAUGUUCCAAAUUCAAAAAGCAAGAAAGUUUGAUGAAAAGCGCUCUAGGUGUGUGUAAUGAUUCGUUGAUCCCAGCCUUCUGUCCUGAGCUCAUAAAAGAACUUUUUUGGUGAUUUUUGCAGGCACAGCAUUAAAACCUUUUUCAAGUUUUAAUCUAUGUCCAUCCUUGCCAUCCCUAGUAACAGACGACAGCAAAUAGUGUCAGUUCCUAAAUAUAGUCGUAAACAAUGAAACUGGACCAUUAUUUUUGAAAAAGUAGUGUGAUAUAGCCCCUUUAACCCUUUAAGUCCCAAUAGUGACCAACAAUAAUUUUCUCCUAACAACAUCCAUAUUAUGUUACCAAGAGAAAUGGCUAUGAGAGUUCAUAAAAAAAUUAAUGAUCACUCAAGAGAAAAAUAUUUUGAUCUGUUAUCAAACUCUCUACUAAUUCUUUAAAGCAAUGUAUGAAGAUCAGUAUGGAGAAUUUAUAUGUGGAUAUUGGGGCUUAAAGGUUUCAAUCAUUAAUUCUACAUCCUUAGGUUUUAUGCUGCAGAAGUUGUUCUGGCUCUCCGUUACCUACACCAGCAUGGUGUUAUUUAUAGGUAAGCAAGUUAGCAGCACAUGAGCAACAUAGUACCUCAUGAGAAGCUUAUGUUGGUAGCAUAUGUGAACACUGAUGCCUCAAUGCUUUAACUCAAGAGUUGAUUCUUGUGAAUACGCUGCCAAUGAAGGCCUCAAUGAAAAAACAAAACUACUCAACAAAAAACAUGUUUGCCAUCUUUUCAAAACAGAGUAGGGGUAGAAGCAUGGAACAACCAACCAGAUUAUUUUAUCCACACUUAUGCAUAAGUGUAUUUCUAAGAAAAGAAAUAGAAAAAAAGCUAGUCAUUGUUAGAAGUAGUGGACUGCUUUUCCUGGAGCAUCAUCCACACGAACAGUACCAUUUAAUUUAUUUUCUUUUAUGCUCGGACAGCCUGCUGGUAAGAAAGGGAUAGAUACAGUCCCUCAUUUUUUCUCUUCACUCUACAUGUCACCUUCCUUGUUGGUGGCAGUUUUGACACCCACUCAUGUUUUGUGCUCGUCUCCUGACCUUGUCAUCUACCUGAGAAGUGAAGGGUCAGGAUCCUUUGUGGCUCCCUUGCACAUGAGCCCUUGACUCUUACAGUUUCCAAAUAUACAGCUUGAUUACAAGAUAAAUAAAUACAUGAAUAAUGAUUUGGAGGUAGCACAUCCACAAAGUGGUUCUUCGUCUGCCUGAUUCCUGGUCAAAUUAGAAUUUGGAAAUGUUGGUUUUUGAGGAGUGGGGAAGACCGGAGUACCCAAAGAAAAACCUCUCGGAGCAGGGGAGAGAACGAACAACGGACUCAGUCCACAUGUGGUGUCGAAGCCGGGAUUUGUACCUGGGCCACAUUGGUGGCAGGCGAGCGCUCUCACCACUGUGCCAUUCCCUGCUCCCUCCUCUAAUUAAUGAUUUGUUUAUGUUAUAGUUAUUCACACUUGUUGUUUUAGGCAGAUAACACUGUCACAAUGACAUAAAGGACAGCGUAUUGAAAAAAAAAUCGGUUUUCCCUUCUGUUCCUCAUCUAACCAUGGAUUUGAUUUAUCCAACAGGGAUUUAAAAUUAGAUAAUGUACUUUUAGACAAAGAUGGACAUAUCAAGUUGGCAGAUUUUGGAAUGUGUAAAGAAGGGAUGACACCCGGUGGCUAUACAAACACAUUUUGUGGAACACCAGACUACAUUGCUCCUGAGGUAGGCAAUAAAGAGCAGCUCAGCUCACAUGGGCAGUAGGUCCUUUCCUGAUUAUUUUAAACCAUUUGAUUAAAAAUUCUGUGGAUAUUAUGAAACUAUGAUGGCGAUGGCAAUGGGAACGUAAAAAGAAAAACAACAACAAAAAAACAAAACAGGAAGUUAAAUAAGCAAAACAAGAACCCUGUGUGCUUUUUUGUAGAUUUCUUUUCCAUCCCUGCACAACUACGAUGUUCAAUGGCCAAAUUUUGAGAACGGGAGAGGCAAGGCGUUAAACAUUCUGCCAUCUCUGUCUGAACUUGGGCGCAGUCCCCUCUCUUUAGCUCCAACCUAAAUUCCUUCCUCUUUAUGCGACUUGGCCUAAUCGUGAAAAAGUUUGAAAGGAUGCAAAAUCUCUUUUAAAGUGUCCUUUUCUUAGACAUCGCCAUUCUCGGAUCAUAAGGUCCCUUAUUGUAUGUGGCCCUGAAAUAACAUGCAAAUGUUCUUCAAUACACUGUGUGGUUCCAGAAAAGUAAAAAAAAAUCACACUCCCCCCUCCCCCCACAAAGGGUUUUUUGGUUUGAACCCCUCUACCCAAUGUUUCCUGGAAGCUUCAGUGACUGUUGGAAAUCUUUGUGUGGUUGUCAUGGAAGCACUGGCAACUGAAAGAAUAUUGUUUUGUAAAUGUUUCAAAGCACUGAAAAUAAAAAGAAACAUUGUGGGAAAAUAAAGAUGGCAUUUCGAUGGAUAAAAUUCUUUAUUUCCCUUGUUCACUCAAAAUGCCCUAAAAUGAAAAUUAAUUUUUUCUUGGGGAGGCCAUUGUUUUUGAUAGGUAGGACUUCAUGUGCGACCAUAAUCAGAUGUGUAAUUAACGGUAAGCUUAUCAUGACUAUAGUAACUCCAGCUGUAGUGUAAUCAUUAUUGACUAUAUAUUUCAGAUUCUUCAAGAAAAACCCUACGGCUUCUCUGUGGACUGGUGGGCGCUAGGAGUUCUUAUGUAUGAGAUGAUGGCAGGACAGGUUAGUUGAGACUCACAGGAAACUCUGUCUGCAGUGUCUGUGGGCACACACACUUGAUUUUUCUCUAACUGUUGUAAUUACCUCUCGCAACACAUGGCUUUUGGUGACCCAUCUCCCAUGUUUUUCUUGUUGUUUUCUUUCUUUCCUUAGAAACAAGGUGGCUAUGAGGCAAAAGCAGCUUUCGUCCUGAGCUGCUUUGUGCACUUCCUCUAGUAGACAUCCAAUUUCUCAAUGAAAUUUACUCAGAAAUACAAAAUGCACCGUUUGAAGAAUGUCAAAAGAUGACCAGAUAUUCUGAUAUGAUGAAUGUCUGUCCGAUCCAGAGUUCUUGGAGCCGGAACUUGUAACCGCCCUAAUUGUUUUGCUUUUUAUAGCCUCCUUUUGAAGCUGACAAUGAAGAUGACCUGUUUGAGUCUAUCAAGCAUGAUGAUGUGCUUUAUCCUGUUUGGCUUACCAAGGAAGCUGUCUCCAUACUGAAAGGNCCCCCCCCCCCCCCCCCCCGUUAUACAGAGCAGUAUGUACUGUCAUUGACAUGAAAUUUGUGUUUUUGUAUGCAGUUCAUGACGAAAAACUGCCAGAAAAGGCUUGGCUGCACAGCGAGUGGAGAGCAAAGCAUUCUGGAUCAUCCAUUCUUUAGAGAAAUCGAUUGGGAAAGAUUAGAAGCAAGACAAGUUACACCUCCAUUUAAACCAAGAAUAGUAAGUAGUAAAAUAUGA